AGAAUGAUAAAGUCUUAGGCUGAUUUCUAUUAUUGCCCCAGAUGUGUUCACCAGAAUAACUUUCUUUUGCAACAUGCCGACCACGGGACUGAGCUUCAGGACAGGAGAAGGAGGAAGGGGGAAGGAAACUAAAAUAUUCCAAGUCUUUCGCGCAGUGUCUUUAAAUGUUCUGGGUUGGUUCUUUAUGAGGCCAAGGAAGAACCAGAGAAAUUAAGGGGAAACGCUUUUGUUUUCUCCCAUUUAACCCAGUUCAAACUGUGUCUGGCGCCCCCAGUGUCUGCUCGGAGCACGUGCAGCUCCACACGGACUGAAAUCAUGGAGCUAGAUGAUCACAGAGCCUCUCUCUCAGCCCUCAGAGCUACAUAACUAACAUUUUACAACAAUCCUUUCCUACAGGGCUGUCCCCACCCCUGUACUCAGCUUUAGCACGGAGCCGCACGGCACUGCACAGCUCGAUUUGCAGCCAGCCCCGGCCCUCCUCCAGGGCUGCGUGAGCCGGUGUUUGAUUGGAUUAGAGUCGGCUAGCCUUUGCCCUCUAACCUCGCUGAUGUUGGCUGGCUGCUUCCUGCUCCCUCCGCUCCCCCUGACCGACUGACGAAGCCUGCCGAAGCCGCACGGCGAAGCGCCCUGCACGGACACAGCCGACCGGGACGAGCCGCUACAGCCAGACUAGAGCCGAGCCGAGCCGAGCCACGAUACACACAGGCAAGCGGGCGAAAAAAAACAGGCAGUCAUGCGGAGGAAAUCGAGGAUAUUGUUAUGUUUUGCGGUGCUGUGGGUGCUGGGGAUAGCCUACUACUUCUACUCGGGGACAGCGCUGAGUCGAAAGGAUGAUUGGGGCUCCAGUGACUCGUCUAGUAGGAGUAAAGCUCGCAGCUCUGAUGACAAGGCUCAAGGCCUGGAGACUCUGCCGCCAGGUAAAGUGCGCUGGCAGGAUUUUGACCAGGAUUUAUACGUUGGAGCCACGGUGGUCCGACCAGGUCAGGAUCCAUACGCCAGGAACAAGUUCAACCAGGUGGAGAGCGACAAACUCCGUAUGGACAGAGCCGUGCCUGACACAAGACAUGACCAUUGCAGACAUAAACAAUGGAAAUCGGACCUACCAGCCUCCAGUGUGGUCAUCACCUUCCACAAUGAAGCUCGCUCUGCUCUGCUGCGGACUGUGGUCAGUGUCUUGAAGAAAAGCCCUCCUCACUUGGUCAAAGAGAUCAUUCUGGUUGACGACUACAGCGAUAACUCGGAGGACGGAGCAUUGCUGGGGAAGAUUGAGAAAGUGCGUGUGUUGAGGAACGACCGCAGAGAAGGACUGAUGCGAUCGAGGGUUCGUGGUGCAGAUGCUGCCACAGCACCAGUCCUCACAUUUUUGGAUUCUCACUGUGAAUGUAAUGACCAUUGGCUAGAGCCGCUACUGGAGAGAGUCGCUGAGGAUAAGACCAGAGUAGUUUCUCCUAUUAUUGAUGUCAUCAACAUGGACAACUUCCAGUAUGUAGGAGCCUCAGCCGAUCUGAAAGGAGGCUUCGACUGGAAUUUGGUGUUCAAAUGGGAUUACAUGACUCUGGACCAGAGACGGGCGAGACAAGGCAACCCCAUCGCACCCAUAAAGACUCCAAUGAUAGCAGGAGGUCUAUUCGUCAUGGAUAAGGAAUACUUUGAGCAGCUCGGAAAGUAUGACAUGAUGAUGGAUGUAUGGGGAGGAGAGAACCUGGAGAUCUCAUUUCGCGUGUGGCAGUGUGGUGGCAGUCUGGAGAUUAUCCCCUGCAGCAGAGUUGGCCAUGUCUUCAGAAAGCAACAUCCAUACACCUUCCCUGGUGGCAGCGGGACCGUGUUUGCGAGGAACACAAGGAGAGCAGCAGAAGUGUGGAUGGAUGAGUAUAAAAACUUCUACUAUGCUGCUGUCCCCUCAGCGAGAAAUGUCCCCUACGGAAAUAUCCAGAGCCGUUUGGAGAUGAAGAAGAGAUUAGGCUGUAAGCCAUUUAAAUGGUACCUGGAGAAUGUCUACCCUGAACUGAGGGUCCCAGAUCACCAGGACAUAGCGUUUGGAGCCUUGCAGCAGGGAGGAAACUGUCUGGACACCCUGGGUCAUUUUGCUGAUGGGGUGGUGGGCGUCUAUGAAUGCCACAACGCUGGGGGAAACCAGGAGUGGGCCCUGACCAAGGAUAAAUCGGUUAAACACAUGGACUUGUGUCUGACUGUGGUGGACAGAACAGCCGGCUCCCUCAUUAAAUUACAAGGCUGUCGAGAGAAUGACAGCAGACAGAAAUGGGAGCAGAUUGAGUCCAACUCGAAGCUUCGUCACGUGGGCAGUAACCUCUGUCUGGACAGCCGCAGUGCCAGGAUGGGCGGACUCACUGUGGAGGUCUGCAGCCCCAGCCUCAACCAGCAGUGGAAGUUCACCCUCAAUUUACAAUCAUAGGGGGCGCUACAGAGUUGGAUCUUGGAUAGAGACACCAACGGACUCUGAAACGCUGGUAAGAAGAUGGACUCCAGGAGAAAGACAAACUCAAUGGAUAAAUGGAUGCUUUUAGCUCCUCCUCCUCCUCCUCAGAGGUGCAGCCAGUCAUGUCUACACCCCUCUCCCCCACCUCACCCCACCUAAAAGAAAAACAACAACAACAAAAAAAAACAACAAAAAAACACAACGAGCCACGCCCCCUGGGGGGAGGGGCUUGCAGACCAUACUGGAGUAAGCAGAAACUUGACUGUAUUUGAUGGAUGGGUGGCGACAGUGAUGAUCGUGAUGAGGAUAAAAGCGAUGAAGAGGCUUUCCAUCCAAACUACAUACCUCAGUGUUUUUUCAUUGAUGGUUCCAGAGGCAAAUGACGAAUGAAUUCUUUUUGUUCUUUUACUUUCUUCAAUGCUGGUGAAAUAGAACUCUCUGAUGUUUUUAUUUUGUAAUUAUUUUAUUUUCUUAUUAAUAUUUUUUAUUUCUUGGUCUUAAUUCUGUAUGGGGGUUCACAGGAGCUUUUUUGUUUGUUUUUGAAAGAAUCAGAUGUUGGAUGUUGGUGUUGUUGCUCCACUCCAGUGCUCUCUCAUUGGUUUUCCACACCGAGCUAGAGCCUGUAACAGCAGACGGAGGCUUCGGGUUGCGGUUUCCAUAAAGGUUCAGGUGUAGAGUAAUGUGAAGAGAGGAAAUGGACUCAAUUUCAUGAGCUUCUCCUCUUCUUUACUUUCAUUGGUUUACAGGAUCAACAGAGAUAAAGAGAGAUGAGGUGGAGAGAAGAAUGCUGUGUGUACUUCCUUGUUUUCUGUACGGUUUUUCCUGCAGAAUGUGUGUUGCGGAGGGGGAAGGGGUUCAGGGAGGAGCUUCUGUACUUUGGACGGGGCCUAACACCGGUUUGGCCUGGAAGAACAGUUCCUGAAGCAGGAAGUGUCCUGAGGCCCAAUCUGAAGAUUUACUGUUUGUCUUCAGGCUGUAGCACUGGCUGUUACAGCAUCUUCACUUCCACACCGUUAUGUCUCUAAAGAAAAUACACAGAAAAUAAAUCUCUUACCAGUCUUUUUUUUGUUUACUUUUGUCAAAAAAAUUGAACCAAAUUUCAAAUUGAUGUUUUGUGUUUCGGGAAUACCAGGGGAGCGAUUGAAAUCAUUUUUCUUUACAUACUCUCGCUGUUCUCUAUCAGCUCCUUUGGAGCAGUUCCGUUUAUACAUCUUCCUUUUCCUGCACAGAUAAUGGUCUUUGCCUUUGUCUAUAUUGCCAUUGUAGGCGGGUUACUGUCUAAGAAACAUGACCAAACUGGAUUUGAUGUUGCAGCUUCUUCUCUAGAGAAACAGGUGUUUGCUGCAAAUGGAUAACAGUGACUUUUUAAUAUCACCGUGAUGAGAUGCCCAAUAUUUUACACUUUAACAGACAUGAUUAAGAUGACAGUUUAUCCACUUUCAACACUACCCAGCAUGCACUGGCAUAUGAAAUUUAUUGGUGUCCAUGUGUGGCAAAUUCCUCAAAUGACUAAUAAUGAAGGUCUGUGACAAAGUCAAGUUGUUUUUGUUUUUUUUAUUUAUAGAGACCUCACAGAUCCCUCGGUUUUGUUGACAAAGUAAAACCUUGCUUAUUCCAGCCUGAGAACAGAUGUCAGUGUUUCCAAAGUCCUGACUGUAGACAAACUGUAUGAAAUGUCCGUGCACAUGUGUUCUUAGCUCCUGCAAGCUGCACGCAUCACCAACAAGUUCCUACAAUUACACUGAGACAGGAGUGUUUUGCAUGAACAUAUUUGUUUUGCUCAUUGUGGCUCUUAGAUGAGCCAUCUGUUCAGAAGUUUGAAAGUGCAGUAAACAAGGUUUUGCCGUUUGUCCUCACUCUGUUUCUGCUGGAGGUGGGCAGGUUGUUAUGAUUGCACAAACAGGACUGCUUAGCCUGUGCUGUGCUGAUACAAAUAAGAACUCUUUUCUCUUUUAUUUUGGUGAGCUGUUUUAUUCAGUGCAACAAUAUUUUGGUGCCACCAAAAAGAAUUGUGCCACUUGUUAGUUUCUUGUCACCUGGCUGUGUUACUGAUGUCCUUUACAGUACAUGUAUCUGUUGUAUCUCUGUUGCAACACUAGUCUCCCCUGUGCUUCAUCAUCACUUCAUCUUCACUGCUGUGAUCCUCUGUACUGUUAGUCACUGAUGAGUAAUCAGGGUGGAUUUUAGUGGGAAUUGGUUUUGAUUAAAUUUGGAGCGACUCGUCACUUGGCAGCUUUAAGGCAAAUACAUAAACACAAAACAUCUCUAACAUAUAUAAUGUACAGAAGAAAUGACCAAUAGAAAUCACAUUUCCUAGUUUAUUCUAGAAAGAAGUUGCAGCCUCAAGUGUUUUUAAUGAGAAAUAUCCUCUCUGUUUCUCAUUAUUUCUCUCCCUCUCUCUCUCACACACAAUCACACUUACUUGUGAAUGCUCCAUAGAUUUUUUUUUUUUUUUAUCCAAAACUGACAAAGACAGCUGGUUGUGUUUGCUGUGUUGUCUGAUACUCUUGUAUCCCUUUCUUGUUUUCUGCCAUUCUGUUUCCUUGUACCUGAUGCUUUGCCUUGUCCUACAAGUUCAUCCAUGUGUAAGCAGAGUGAGUGGAGUGAGAGGGGUCAGCGGAAACUGCAGCUGGUUGAAAAGUCUAUCCUUUGACUUGAUAGGUUUCUUCAUUGUGCUUUGAGGCAUAGGACCUGUGGGUAUGAGGCCGGAGUGAGACUCACCCUGAAGGGGGGGUGUGAGGAAGGUUUUGUGUUUCCAUGGUGACCAGACUCAAGGGCCCAAAUCUGGUUUAGGGUUUCAGUUAGAUUCAAAGCUAAUCAAGAGGUGGAUUUACUGUUAAAGUUUUUUUUUUUUUUUUUUUUUUUUUGCCAUUCUGUUUGGAAAAUGUAAAAUAAUAUGAAACAUUUUCAGUUGUGUCUUAAUUUAAGAUUAUUGCAAUUCACAAGAGGAGUUUUUAUUCAUAUUCCUCAAAUGUGCAUCUAAACCUGUGUCUGCAGUCAAAUCAGAGGCUUUGGUGGGGUACAUGACACUAAAGACAUGUUACAAUAGAAAUCCCAUUUCCCCCCAGUCUACUACAUGGUGCAGCGUACACACAAACACACACACACACACACACACACACACACACACACACACACACACACACACACACACACACACACACACACACACACACACACAUAAACACAGUCCUUCAAAAUGGCUGGAGUUAAUUUUAAAAAUUAAAACAACAUGGUGUUUAUUCUUUAUUUUACCUGUGUUGCAGGAAUCGUGCCAUCUUUAUGUUAUAGUGUUAUAGAUGAUCAGUUCUCUGCUAAUUCUGAAUUUGCAACCCUAACAGCUGGUUGACCCUGAUGAGAUCAUUUAUAGGGCAGGUCUGAGUCUGGGUUAGUUAUUCCUUUACUUUUCAUGUAUAUGUGCAAGGGUCAUGUCUAGAACUGUAAACGGGCUAGAUAUAUAAUUAAUUUGCUAUCAAUCUGAGAUCCAUCUAUGUGGCAACAAUUCUCAAGUUUUAAUGUGUGUCAUCAAACGUUGAUGCUGUUCACUGUGAGAUAGUUACAGACCCCAAACAAGGAGGUUUUCAUUUUCAAGUCCACUGUGUUUGUCCAUGAGGGUGACAUGCUGAUAUUUUAAUGGCCUAUAGCGCCCUCUAUUGGAAAAAAAAAGGGACUGAAUGUAGUAAACUUCUCAUGCAAAAUGCACAACCAGAGAGUUCCAGACUUUUUUCUUUUUUUUUCACAUUUUCUUUGUCUUUGGUUCCUUUUCUUUUUUCUGUAUAAACUGUUAAUUCAGCCCCGCUCACCCAACUAUUCAGUGGAAGCGAGCUUCAUUACACCUCAGAACAGGCGUGUGAACCACACUGCACACACCUGAGUGACCAUGGCAUUACUGUCCGCUUACGACGGGAAAGAUGUGUUGUUUAAAGCCUUUUCUUUUUAAACUAGUCUUAUUCUUGUUUAUAUUAUUUUUUAUGUUAUACACAGAGGAAACGGCUGUAAAAGUCCAGCACCUCAUUUUGAUUGGAUGAUAAAAUGUUUACAUCUUUCGCACAAUGUGCCAAAGUUCCUUCAAGAAAGAAUGAAAAUGAGUAAAAGCCUUUGGAAAUACAGAAUAAGUUGCGGUGAACUCCUUAUGUGUUGGGUGCACGUUUGCCUACAGUAUGUUGUGUAUGUCAUUGUUCUUUCUUUCGAGUCUCAGUCCAGCGGGCAGGAACAGCCAGGGGGAAGAUGGCUCUUAGCUGCUGAUCUGGUGUCAGUUUUUAUAACAGACCGGGGGUAUAAAUUUGGCUGCCUCCUGGUUUCAUGUCUUUAAGUUUUUUACAAACACCAGCUGUGCAAUGGAUCUAAACUUAAAUGUCUGUAAGACGUUUGUUGAGGCAUUCAGCCGUGUGUGUGUGUGCAUGUGAAUGUGCGUGUGUGUGCUACACUUUGGAAAUAGCUAAAAGCUUCAUCCAAAGAUAGGAAGGAUAUUGUCAAUCUUACAGAUAGACAUCUUUAUUUGCAUUAAAAGUAUAACUGAACACCAGUCGGUGAAGAAGAGCAUCUUCCCCACUGAGCCAGUAGGAGUUUAUUCUUACUCUCUCUGUUUUGGAGGGAAACAAUCAACAGUUUAUUGGAGUUUAACGGGAGAAGGUGUAAUGUUUUUGGUCUUCUCUCAGUUAUGCGGUAAAACAGGGAGAAGAGUUUUGUCACAUUUUGUCCUAAAGAAGGACGUCUUCCCCUCUCAGCCCACCCCAAAUCCCCUUUUAGGAUUAACAGAAGAGAAGCCCUCUCUGAUAGGUGAAAAGCCCUGCUGAGACAUCCAGCUCAGGACUGCUUAAGCUUGUCCAUGAGUCACUGUAAGAGUGUAUCUCAGUUAGGGUGUAAGAGGGGCUUAACAUGCACAUAAGACAAUAUACUGUAAAAGUCUCAUCAAUCAGUAAUGACCGAUAACUAAAACAUGCAAUGGUAAUCAGGAGGGAGGGACGCGAACUGAUGGACUGAUAAAUGUGUUUUCUACUAGGAAUGUGGCUUCAUUGAAUGACAGCAGUGUUAUAAUUAUGAGGUGGGUGAUAUGGCAUGAGGGGGUCACACAUGUAAAAGUGUAUAUUUUUGUAUAUACCUACAUCAGUGUGUGUACAGUAUGUACAUAUAUACACAGUGUACUCAGCCGCAGUUCCUAGUUUUGUUGUCGGACUGUACAGCGCUUCUAACUGUUCCCUGUUUUAUAGAUUCUGCAGAAAUUCAACUUUGAAUGAGGAGAAAUGAUUAACUUAAAUAAAUGCAUUUAUAUAUAUAAAUGAAACAAUG